UACUUGGAAGUCACUACCAGAUACGGAUAUCCAGUUCAUCAUGCGCUUCGCUCUGCUUGCUGUUCUCCUCAUCGGAGUGAUCUUUGCCAUUGUGUCCGCCGGUGGAGCCGGUGGUGGUGGAGGUGGCCAAGGAGGCUGGCAAAAGAAUGGCGGAGGAGGAGGAGGUGGAGGCCAAGGCGGCUGGCAACAGAAGAACGGCGGAGGAGGCGGCGGUGGUGGCCAAGGAGGCUGGCAAAAGGGCGGCAGCGGCGGUGGCGGAGGAGGUGGCAAGCAUGGAGGUGGAAGCGGUGGUGGUGGCAAGCACGGCGGCGGCGGUGGAGGUGGUGGCAAGCAGGGAGGCGGCGGCUGGUAA